AUGCAGCCCAAAGAAGGUGACAACGAUUUCACUUUAAUCCUGAAACACGGCAAAGAGAUGAGAGUAAGUAGAAAUGAAAUUGCGGCUUCAAGCGAUUUCUUUUCUACCCUUCUCAACAGCGACAUGAGGGAGAACAAAGAAGGAAUUGUUCUGUUACAGCACAUCACAGAGGCAUGUAUGAGAGAUGUGUUAGAGUUUGUACGAUCUGGUAGUGUUGAAAUAACUGCUUCAGAGAAUGCGAAAGAGCUGAUCGAGGUAGCGGAAUAUUUACUUCUCGACAGAUUGAAAACAUUCUCUGAAAAAUAUUUAGUGCAGGAAACAUUAACAUCUUCAAAUUGUAUGUCAAUUUAUUAUUUUGCUGAGCAAUAUCGAUGCCAAGAGCUGACAAUGAAGACUAGGCAAUUUAUCCUAUCAAACUUUGCCGCUGUGAGUGAAUCUCAAGACUUUCUUUCUUUGGAUAACCAGCAAGUUGAGGAGUGGAUUAGCAGCGAUGACGUAGCUGUUAGUACAGAAGAUGUCAUAUUCAAGGCCAUAGUAAGGUGGAUUCAACAUUGCAAAAGCGAGCGGAAAGGGAAGUUCGAAGAAUUAUUUCGACACGUGAGAUUGUCCUUUAUAUCGCGUGACUAUUUGCUCAGUGAUGUUCUAGCCAAUGAUCUCGUGUCAGGGUGCUCAAACUGUUUGAAGCUGGCCAAAGACGCUGCGGAAGGAAAAUAUUCUUUCCAGUCACCCAGGAAUUGGAUUGAUACACACCUAGUCGUUUACAUGGGCAAGGAGACCUAUUGUUAUGAACCUGACGGAGACAAGUGGUAUAAGUUAGCGGACACGCAUUUGACAUACAAAUAUCCAGAUCGAUACAAAAUGUGCUCUUUUCAAGGAAAGUUGUAUGUUUUCCCAAGUUUGCUGUAUGCCUGCGGUGAAAAAGCACAAAUGUUUGACCCGUGUUUGAAUGGCUGGACUACCUUUGACUGUCCGACUGGACAGACUUUCAAAGCGAUUUGCGGUUUAGCAGUGGUAAGGGGGCAAUUGUUUGUUGUUUAUGACUAUUAUUUUUUAAGUCUUCGGUCGCACAGUUGGUCAUUUCACGUAUCUAAGUAUAACUUAAAGUCAAACACAUGGACCGAUUUUCACUGCAAUGGAAGUAAACCAUUGGCUGCCAAAGGUGCCUGUAUAGUCGCCAUGGACAGAUACCUGUACGUUAUUGGUGGUUUAAAAAUUCCUGGCUCAAAGACUAUAUCACCACCUUAUAGACUAGACACUAUGACUCUACACCCAGGAAUGCCGGAUGGUGGGAAUCAGAGCUGGGAUCGUUUAACGGAGAUGAAAGUGCCAAGAUCGGGAGCCUGUGGCACUGCUGCACACGGGAAGAUUUUCAUCGCUGGUGGAUCGCUAGCGAGUGAAAGGCCAGAGAGGUAUCCUACUUCGACCUGUGAAGUUUACAACGUAGACGCAGACGAAUGGCAGCUGAUAGCAAGUUUAAAUUCUCCUCGAAUUUCCGGCAGGAUGGUGUAUUUGAAGGGAAUUCUGUAUGUGGUAGGCGGACGUGGUCGAAACGUUAAUAAAAGAGUAAUGGCAGUUGAAAGUUAUGACUUUGAGGAAAAGAAAUGGAUAAAGAAAACAAAGUUACCAAGCAACAAAAAUUUUCCUCCGUGGGAAUAUGAUGGUUGUGCACUAAAUAUUCCAAGAAUACUUGUUAAACCCAUCCCCAAAAGACUACCAGCGUUUCUAAGGCCCUUGUUGCUAAGGUCAUGACAUAGUACUUUUUGGUAGUCUUCUCCGCGGACCUUAAUGACCAACCUGGUCCCCAGGGCUUUUCCCAGUUUUUAAGGGAAAAGCCCUGGGGACGAGGUUGCUUAAUGACGAGAACAAUCUCAGGGAGUUGCCAAGGAGUUGCCCCGUCCCUGUACGGCGUUUUCCCAGUCCCUCUCGGACAACUCGGUGACGUAUCCGAGGUGAACGGGAGGGAAACGCCAUACUCACAUCUUCGCUUGGACCACGUGAGCCGAAACGCUUUGGCCGUGUUGAAUAAGGAGGCCAAGGGACUAGGCAACUUAGAUAAACGAUAGAAACUGAAAAAUAUCAGUGUUUUCAGAUGCCGUAACGGCGGCCAUUUUGGUGUUCACAAACAAUAAAUCGCACGGCCAACGUGUUGGUUUUCCAAACAAAUCCUGUGGAAUUUCAGGAGCCGGGAAGUUAAAAUCUUUUCUUUAACACGCAAACACUUUCUAUGGUUCCGACAAAGUUGCACUUAGCAUGAAAUAACAGCCGACAUUUUGGGACGCCACCACUGCAUGGUUUCCCUACGAAAUGACGUCUGAGGAACGAUUGCAGAAAUUCCAUAUUGAUGACGUGUCACUACCCCUGAGAUCUGGGUGGUGCUUCUGAUUGGUCCAUGCCGCGAAGGAAUUUUCCUUCAACCAAUCGACGCCACCACUGGUUUAACGUUCUCCGUGAAAUAAUGCCUGAAAAAUGAUUGUCGGAUACCAGUUAUUUUGAAGAUUUUUCACACGUAUUCCAUACAAUUGGUAAAGAAUAAAACAGGAAACGCAAGGCUCCAUGCACUGAUUCAGUUCAAUUUACACAGCUUUGAUCAACAUACAAUUACAUAUUCACUAGUUUCAAGAAUAGUUUUAAUUAAAGGUUGGAGUUUUUUCGCUCAGUUUCUCUUUCACUUUUUACAUACAAUUCAUUUUUGUGGCUACUGCAGAGCCACUAUGACAUGGCGUUGUAAUUGUCCGUAAGGGGUGAACCAUUUGACUUUAGCAGAGGGGGUGGGGGAAGGUUGGACGAUUUGGAAAAAAUAUAUAUUGCAGCCCCCAGGCAAAAAAAGAAAUUUCAUGCAUGGCAGCUCCGAGGAAAAAAAAUCAUGUCUGCAUGGUGCGGCCGAGAAAAAAAUUCUUACAAAUCAUAGACAGCCCGACCCUACCUGUAGUCUAGCAAAUCUGAGUAUUUAUAUGCAAGCUAUGCUCUUUAACUCAAUAAAGCAAGGUUGUGUCAAAAAAUGAGGAGUUCACUGGGUUUAUCGUGUCUCUAAUAAACAGUUAAGUUGUAAAUCCUUUUCCUAGCAUGACAAUCUUUUAUAACACAUCAAUGACAAUAUGAUUAUUUCAUUGAUAUCUGACCGUUUAAAUAAAAACAUGCACACUUGCAUUAAAGUGGGAAUAUGCCGAAUUUCCGAGCCAUAAAAAUUUCGAUCCAGAAAGCAUUAAAUGAAACAACACGAAAAAUAGAAACAUUAGUUUCAAUACUAAAAAAAAAUCCCCACUUAAAAAAAACUACUCAAAAAAUACUUGGAAAAAAAUCCUGACAACGAAAAUCUUUAACUCCCCCCCCCCCCCACCUCUGGAAAAUUACCUGGCUACCUUGAAGGUUAACAAGAGGUCAUGCAUAUAUUUAUAUAUUCAUGCAUAGAGUGCAUAUAUUCAUGCAUAGAGUGCAUAUAUUUAUUUCAGUGAUUUCCUUCAUUAUUGCUUUGACCAUCUGUACGGACUCGCGUGGUUCUGCUGCAGAAAGGCUUGACAAUGAUCUAGAAUAUUUUCUAUCUAGUCUCAAAAAAGGAAAUACUCUUGUCAGUGGCCUUGUAGUGAUGAUAUCAACUUUUGUAGCAGUCAGUUAAGAGAGCUAAAAUUUUUAAGGUUCUCCCUUUUACUACAUAAGUUCGUAAAAAUCGUUACUGUAUGCCACGUCAGGAUUUAGUUGCCUCUAUCAGAUGUUACGCCAUACUGACGAGCCCCAAAGAGGGCGAAACAGCUGUCUAUGGCUACAAUCCCGCUCUGUUUUGAGUUCUUUCGGUGUCGUGCUGAUGUCUUGCAGAGUUAAUUUUCACGUAGUACGAUCAGCGUUGCAGUAUUCUGCUUGCAGAAUUUAAUAUGUCCUCUAUUAGUUACCUGCAGUCCGUUGUUUUAGAAGUUGGUCAUCGCAAAAUUUGGCCAUUUCUAAGUUGUUCCAAGGCUUGAAUAAACACUCAUGCCGUAAAUGCUCAAAUUAGCGCCCGGGGCGCAUAUUUAAUUUUCUAAGGCGAGAGGGGAGGUGCUAAUUCGAAGAGGGGCGCUUAUUUCGUAUAUCAAUUUGGCAGUAUCUUUAUUUCUAUUUUACCCAAACUGUAACAUAUAAGUGAAGCACCUAUGUGCUCACAUGGAUAUUUCUAUCGAGGAAAUGAGAAGCAAACCUGUACGAUUUUGAAGAACAUUAAUUUUGUCACGUCACAUUCAUUAAAAGUACCGUAUACGUCUCCCAUAUAAUACUGAGUACCGAACCUCGCCUAUCCAAAUUUUAACCUUAGGAGAGGCGCUAAUUCGAAGCGUGGCGCUUAUUUGAAGCUGGGCGCUAAUUCGGGCAUUUACGGUUUUUUCACUUUGCCUCUAUUUUAUAGUGAGGACUUCGGAAAUAGGAUAAAGCUUAGAAUGCAUCGUUGCGCUUUUUUGCCUCUAGUAAGUCUUCAGACUGCAAGCAUUCUCUUAGUUUUCUUUAAAGUCCGUGGAAUUGCACCCCGGAGCAGGGGUGGGGACUCCUAUUUAAAAGCUUGACGGAAAUUUAAGAUUAAACCUCUAAGGGAGACCAAUGUGGCCAUUUGACUAAAACAGAGAUCACGGCAUUUUUUUUAUGGAAACCGUAAGCAAUACCUGAAUGGGCAAAUAUAGGUUGAGUUAGGAACAUGGUUCUAACAGUAUGAAAAGCUAUUAUUGGAUCCGUGGACUUUUUCCCAGGCAGCCAAGGAAGAGAAUAUUAAAAACUGUUUAUUUCCUGAAAUUCGCUUGACAACCAGCUAAACAGAAGUCACAGUAUUUUGAACACUGAUUCCUCCGUUACAAUGACCCGGCUAAAAAUAAAAGCCUUUCCGCCACAACAAAAGGUUUCAUUACUUCCGCAUUGAGUAAGAGUAAGAGCCCGGAGUAAGAGAGUAAGUCGGCCAGUAAUCCUCUUGCAUCAUAAAGGCAUAUGACUAACUUGAAAAAUUCGCCGGCGCCAUGAGAUUGUACCGACCUGUACCAUUACUUAAGUCUGGUCACUGUUUCUUCUUUUGUAUACCGUCUUUUUUAAGAUCUACAUGCAAUCAGAUCGAAUUAAUUUCGAAAUAAAUAAUGCGAUGGUGUGUACGUCAUAGAGCUGUCAGUCAUGAUUGUGGUUUGACGAAUUCUUCUCUUUCCGCUGUUCUCACUUUUCAUAUGUUCUUCCGGGAGUGAACCGCCGCCAAAAGUCCCUUUUAGUCAGUCAAUGUUUCAAACGUUCGCGCAAAAAUGCAGCCCAAAAAUGAUGCCAGUGAUUUCACUUUGAUCCUGAAACACGGCCAAGAGAUGAGAGUAAGUAGAAAUGAAAUUGCGGCUGCAAGCGAUUUCUUUUCUACUCUUCUCAACAGCGACAUGAGGGAGAACAAAGAAGGAACUGUUCGGUUAGAGCACAUCACAGAGUCAUGUAUGAGAGAUGUGUUAGAGUUUAUACGAUCUGGUAGUGUUGAAAUAACUACUCCAGAGAAUGCGAAAGAGCUGAUCAAGGUAGCGGAAUAUUUACUUCUCGACAGAUUGAAAACAUUCUCUGAAAAAUAUUUAGUGCAGGAAACAUUAACAUCUUCAAAUUGUAUGUCAGUUUAUUAUUUUGCUGAGCAAUAUCGAUGCCAAGAGCUGACAAUGAAGACUAGGCAAUUUAUCCUAUCAAACUUUGCCGCUGUGAGUGAAUCUCAAGACUUUCUUUCUUUGGAUAACCAGCAAGUGGUGGAGUGGAUUUGCAGCGAUGACGUAGCUGUUAGUACAGAAGAUGUCAUAUUCAAGGUCAUAGUAAGGUGGAUUCAACACAGCAAAAGCGAGCGGAAAGGGAAGUUCGAAGAAUUAUUUCGUUACGUGAGAUUGUCCUUUAUAUCGCGUGACUAUUUGCUGAGUGAUGUUCUAGCCAAUGAUCUCGUUUCAGGGUGCUCAAACUGUUUGAAGCUGGCCAAAGACGCUGUAGAGGGAAAAUGUUCUUUCCAGUCACCCAGAAUUUUUUUUGAUACACACCUAGUCGUUUACAUGGGCAAGGAGACCUUUUGUUAUGAACCUGACGGAGACAAGUGGUAUAAGUUAGCGGACACGCAUUUGACAUACACAAACACAAACACAAAUCCUUACUGCCCAGGUCCUUACAAAAUGUGCUCUUGUCAAGGAAAGUUGUUUGUUUUCCCAAAUUCGGCGAAUGUCUGUCAUAAAAAAGCAGAAAAGUUUGACCCGUCUUUGAAUGGCUGGACUACGUUUGACUAUCAGACAGGACAGGCUUCCAGACAGACUUUCGGUUUAGCAGUGGUAAGGGGGCAACUCUUUGCUGUUCAUAAUGAUCCUUCUGAAUGGGUCCGUACCAGGAGUAAUGCGUUCCUUCCACGGCAUUUUAUGACGUCAUUUUGCGUAUCCAAGUAUAACUUUAAGUCAAACACAUGGACCGUUGUUCAUUGCAAUCGACAUAAGCCAGUAGCUGCCAGAGAUGCCUGUAUAAUCGCCAUGGACAGAUACCUGUACGUUAUUGGUGGUUUAAUGCUUACUGACCUUGACAGUAUAUCACCACCUUAUAGAAUAGACACUACGAGUCUACACUCAGGAAUGCGGGAUGGCGGGAAUCUGAGCUGGGAUCGUAUAACGGAGAUGAAAAAACCAAGAACGGGAGCCUGUGGCACUGCUGCACAUGGGAAGAUUUUUAUCGCCGGUGGAUUG